GAGGCGGCGGUGGCGGGGAGCGAGCGCUGCCUCCACCUCCUCCUCCUCCUCCGGAGUCGGCGGCGGCGCUAGUCCGGCACAGUCUGGCCGAGGCGGAGACGGCGGCGGCGGCGGCGGCGGCGGCGCCUGGAGGCGAGCGACGCCGAGCCCGGCGGCCGUUGCCAGGGCGCGCGGCGGCGGCGGCUUCGCCCGCCAUGGACUGAGGGCUGCGAUGGGCAACAAGGAGUCGCGCAUCGGCUUCCUCACCUACGACGAGGCCCUGCGGAGGGUCACAGACGUGGAGCUGAAGCGGCUGAAGGAUGCCUUCAAGAGGACUUGCGGACUCUCCUGCUACAUGAGCCAGCAGUGCUUCGUUCGGGACGUGCUCGGGGACGGCGUUCCUCCCAAGGUUGCAGAGGUCAUAUACUGCUCUUUCGGGGGCACGUCCAAAGGGCUGCACUUCAACAACCUGAUCGUGGGCUUGGUCCUCCUGACCAGGGGCCGAGAUGAAGAGAAAGCCAAAUAUAUUUUCAGCCUCUUCUCCAACGAGUCGGGGAGCUAUGUCGUCCGCGAAGAGAUGGAGAGAAUGCUUCAUAUGGUGGAUGGGAAAGUCCCAGAAACGCUCAAGAAAUGCUUCUCCGAGGGUGAAAAGGUGAACUACGAAAGGUUCCGGAACUGGCUCUUGCACAACAAAGAGGCCUUCACGUUUUCCCGCUGGCUCCUGUCUGGCGGGGUGUAUGUCACGCUCACGGACGACAGUGACACCCCCACCUUCUAUCAAACCCUGGCCGGAGUCACCCACCUGGAAGAAUCGGAUAUCAUCGAUCUCGAGAAGCGGUACUGGCUCUUGAAAGCCCAGUCAAGAACAGGGCGUUUUGACCUGGAGACGUUUGGCCCCUUGGUUUCCCCUCCCAUCCACCUGUCUCUGGGCGAAGGUCUCUUCAACGCCUUCGAUGAAAACCGGGACAAUCACAUAGAUUUCAAAGAAAUCUCCUGCGGGCUUUCGGCGUGCUGCAGGGGACCGCUGGCGGAACGGCAGAAAUUUUGCUUCAAGGUGUUUGAUGUGGACCGAGAUGGGAUUUUGUCUCGCACUGAACUCACCGAGAUGAUGGUGGCCCUUUUGGAAGUCUGGAAGGAUAAUCGUACUGACGACAUUCCGGAGUUGCACACGAACCUGUCCGACACGGUGGAGGAGGUCCUCAAGGCCCAUGACACAACCAAGCUCGGCCACCUCACUCUGGAGGAUUACCAGAUAUGGAGCGUGAAGAACGCGCUUGCCAACGAGUUCCUGAAUCUGCUUUUCCAGGUGUGCCAUAUAGUCUUAGGGUUAAGACCUGCUACCCCAGAAGAGGAAGGACAAAUCAUCAGGGGCUGGCUGGAGCGGGAGAGCAGGCACGGGCUCCAGCCGGGGCACAGCUGGUUCCUCAUUGCCAUGCAGUGGUGGCAGCACUGGAAGGAAUACGUCAAAUACGACGCUAGCCCCGUUACGAUAGAGCCUUCAUCAGUCCUAAACGGAGGUAAGAAUUCACUCCCAGGCCCUGCGGCCUCUACAUCAGAGCAGGGCGAAGACAAAACGGGCGGCUUAAGUUACUUCGGUGCCGCCGAAGACAAGUGUUCAGAUAACAUUUCUACCGCAUCAGAAGCCUCAGAGAGCCCUGGCAGCAAUUUUCUUCACGCCACCACGCCCAGCGCCGAGAUGUGCUUUGCACGGCAGCUGAACUCUUCCGACAACAACAAUCAGUGCAUGCUCGGAUCCAAUGGGAACGCGUUCCUGCACCUCAAUCCGCAGCGCCCCGGAGCGAUCGACAACCAGCCACUUGUAACGCAGGACCCCAUGAAGGCUCCAUCGCUGACGCUCGAAGGCGGUCGACUCAAGCAGUCUCCCCUGUUAAUUCAAGGGAGGAAUUACGAAAUCGUCCCGGAGCCGGUGUGGAGGGCGCUUUACCACUGGUAUGGGGCCAACCUGUCUCUACCAAGACCAGUGAUCCGGAACAACGCGACGGCGCUGCCUGAGCUGGAACUCUUUCCCCGGUACCUCCUCUUCCUGCGGCAGCAGCCGGCCACCCGGACGCAGCAGUCCAACAUCUGGGUGAACAUGGGUAUGAUGAGCCUGAGGGUGUUUCCUCACGAUUUGCUGAGAGGGAACGUCCCUUCGCCCAGCGCCCCCCUGAAGCGGGUCUUGGCUUACACCGGCUGCUUCAGCCGCACGCAGACCAUCAAGGAGAUCCACGAGUAUCUGUCGCAAAGGCUGCGCAUCAAGGAGGAGGACAUGCGCCUCUGGCUGUACAACAGCGAGAACUACCUUACUCUUCUGGAUGAUGAAGAUCACACCCUGGAGUAUUUGAACAUCCAAGACGAGCAGCGCUUAAUAAUAGAAGUUCGGAACAAGGACAUGAGCUGGCCAGAAGAAAUGUCUUUCAUCGCAAACAGCAGUAAAAUCGACAGGCACAAGGUUCCUACGGAGAAAGGGGCCACCGGCCUCAGCAACUUGGGCAACACCUGCUUCAUGAAUUCCAGCAUCCAGUGCGUCAGCAACACGCAGCCCCUCACGCGGUAUUUCAUCUCGGGCAGGCACCUGUACGAGCUCAACAGGACAAACCCGAUAGGAAUGAAAGGGCAUAUGGCAAAAUGUUACGGGGAUUUGAUUCAAGAGCUCUGGAGUGGGACUCAAAAGAACAUUGCGCCCUUGAAAUUGCGGUGGACGAUCGCGAAGUACGCGCCCCGAUUCAAUGGAUUCCAGCAGCAAGACUCCCAAGAGCUCCUGGCUUUUCUCCUGGAUGGCCUCCACGAGGACCUGAACAGAGUCCACGAGAAGCCGUACGUGGAGCUGAAGGACAGCGAUGGCCGCCCCGACUGGGAGGUCGCGGCAGAGGCCUGGGAAAACCACCUGAGGAGGAACCGCUCGAUCGUGGUGGACUUAUUCCACGGGCAGCUGAGGUCCCAAGUGAAAUGCAAAACCUGUGGGCACAUCAGCGUGCGCUUUGACCCUUUCAACUUCUUAUCCUUGCCCCUCCCGAUGGACAGCUACAUGCACAUAGAAAUCAUAGUAAUGAAGUUAGACGGCUCUACUCCCGUUCGAUACGGGCUGAGGCUGAACAUGGAUGAGAAAUACACGGGCUUGAAAAAGCAUCUCAGCGAUCUUUGCGGGCUGAAGCCCGAGCAGAUCCUCCUUGCGGAAGUGCACAGCUCCAACAUAAAGAACUUUCCACAAGACAACCAGAAAGUCCGGCACUCCACAAGCGCCUCUCUGUGUGCAUUCGAGAUACCUGUUCCGGGAUCGCCCACAUCAGCUUCGCCAAGCCCCGUGCAAACAGAGUUCCCCAGCGGGCUGUCGGCAAACGGGGUCCUCAACGUGCUGGUGAACGGCGACUUUCCCCGCUCCAUCCUCAUCCCAAACGGGAUGCCGAACACGGUGGUGCCCUGCAGAAUGGAGAACGGCCUCUCUGGCACGGUGGCGAACGGCCACGUCGCCGCUCCGUCGGACAGCCCCUUCAUCGGCUACAUCAUAGCAGUCCACAGGAAGAUGAUGCGGACAGAAAUGUACUUCCUUUCAUCUCAGAAGAAUCGGCCGAGUCUCUUCGGAAUGCCGCUCAUCGUUCCGUGCACCGUCCACACACGCAAGAAGGACUUGUAUGACGCGGUCUGGAUCCAGGUCUCCCGGCUUGCGAGUCCUCUGCCUCCCCAGGAAGCCAGUAACCAUGCGCAGGACUGUGAUGACAGCAUGGGAUACCAGUACCCCUUCACCCUCCGGGUGGUUCAGAAAGACGGCAACUCGUGUGCUUGGUGCCCGUGGUACAGAUUUUGCCAUGGCUGUAAAAUCGACUGCACGGAAGAGCGAGCCCUGAUGGGAAACGCCAGCCUCGCCGUGGACUGGGAUCCGACGGCACUUCACCUCCGCUACCAGACAUCACAGGAGCGGAUAGCGGAGGAGCACCAGAGCGUGGAGCAAAGCCGGCACGCCCAGGCCGAGCCGAUCAACCUGGACAGCUGCCUGCGGGCCUUCACCAGCGAGGAGGAGCUGGGCGAGGACGAGAUGUACUUCUGCUCCAAGUGCAAGACCCACUGCCUGGCCACCAAGAGGCUGGACCUGUGGAGGCUGCCCCCCAUCCUGAUCAUCCACUUGAAGCGCUUCCAGUUUGUCAACGGCCGCUGGAUUAAGUCCCAGAAAAUCGUCAAGUUUCCCCGGGAAAGUUUCGACCCGAGUGCCUUCCUGGUGCCAAGAGACCCAAGCUGCUGGCCACCGAAGCCGCAGGGGCUCCCAUCGGAGGAACUUUCCGAGCCGCAGGCUCCGCCGGAGGAGUGGAAGAGGUCGGAGACCCAGAGCGCGGCCGCAGCCGGCGAGGGUGAUGCACUGACCAGGAGCCCGUCCUCCCUCAAUGCUUCCGGCAUCCUGAAUAAUAUCAAAGCGUCCCCUUCUCCUGGGAGGAAGUGUACUUCAGGCUGUUCGUCGGGUAGAAAUGUCAGUCCAACCAGUAGCCCCAGGACUUUGGGAAGGAGCAAGGGGCGGCUCCGGCUCCCCCAGCUAUGUAAAAACAAACUGUCAAGCAGCAAAGAGAACUUGGACAUGAGCCGGGAGAACGGCAGCGACCCGGAUCCAAAGCUCACUCCCGACCAAGGGGAGGCGGGGGGCCGGGGGCCUGCCUUGGGGAACAGCCAGGGUGAGCUCUUUGCUGCCCCAGAGGGAGAGGGGACUCUGGCCAACGGAUAUCUGUGCAAGCAGAACUCUCACAGCAAUGGCAGCCUGGACGGUCACCUGGACGGACGCGAGGAGGAGGAGACGGUGGAAGACCAAAGGGGAAACAUCUGCAUUAACCCUAUUUACAACCUUUAUGCAAUUUCGUGCCAUUCAGGAAUUAUGGGAGGAGGCCAUUACGUCACAUAUGCCAAAAACCCAAACGCCAAGUGGUACUGUUACAACGACAGCAGCUGCAAGGAAUUGCAUACGGAUGAAAUCGACACCGACUCGGCCUACAUCCUGUUCUACGAGCAGCAAGGGGUGGACUAUGCACAAUUUCUGCCAAAGGUUGAGGGCAAGAACAUGGCGGACACAAGCAGCAUGGACGAGGACUUUGAGUCGGAUUACAAGAAGUACUGUGUCCUGCAGUAAUUCGGGCGAGGCUUCACGGACCCACUCUCCGGAGAGGGGGAAUUGCCGCAAAACGCAUUUCUUGUUUGGCACAAAAAGGAGAUGGCUUUUAGCUGAGUGGUUUUUAUUUUUUUUUAUUUUACUCUCGUGAUCUGAAAGCACAAAUCGAAGGAAGGAAGGAAGGAAGGAAGGAAGGAAGGAAGGAAGGAAGGAACCCCUAAUUAAACAGCAGUUCGCGUUAUGAGGUAGCAUUGUUUUUGUUCAGACACCUUGGUACCUGCCCGGAAAGAAAACACCACCCACUGGCUGGAUUUCUUUCUUUUGCGUUUGGCCUUUAAACUGGUUUGGUAGAAGCAAACUGGGACCAAAUGAGUGUCAGUUGCAAAUCAUCCCAGUAACAGCUGUCCCAGAGAGUUCUAAAAAUGGUUUCUUUUACAAAUUUGCUCUUAGGCAAACGUGGGGAAGGAAAUAAGCUUUUUGAUGUGCUCGGUCAGUUUCAGACGACUCGGUAGUGUUGUCUGUAGACGACUUGAAAUCGCUACCUCCUUUUUCCUUGUGUUUUAUUCCAUUUUAGCAGCAAGGCAAGGCAAGUGCAGAAGACGCAGCCUGUGCUCACAAAAAUGCAGACAUCGUGGUUGGGAAGUUUCCCUUUUGCCGUUUUGCAACCCCCCCCCCAGUCCGUGGUUUGUGGGGGGCAGUAUCUGUAGGUGGAGGGAGCCAUACGGCGCCCUCCUGUGAGCAAAAUUGAUUUCCUGGCUUCCAGGAAAGAUCCGAUCUGGGGGAGGCCCAUAACGCUGGCGAUCGUGAUAUGACAACUGCAACACUGGGAGGGAGGACCAGGCUGUCUGUGCGACGAGCUGCCCCCCCCCCCCCCCCCCCCAAAGCUUGCAGUGUGUCACCUUCUAAUCCUAGGUGAGAUAGCGCCCCGGUUUAGGGGCCGUGCCAGCAUGAUGCUUUGCUUCCGUUAAAGCUGAGGCGAAGCGUGGACUGGAGUGCUGAGGCUGCGCUCCACGUCCGAUUUCCCUGCCCCCGUUUAGAGAUUCUCCAGUCUCACGUCGGCACAUGUCCUUCGAAAGCAAACGCUCCCCUCGCAUUUGAACUUCCUUCCCCCGUCUUGACCCACGUUGCUUGGAGAUCGUUGAAGCUGCACUUUAAUUUUUUUUUAAAGGACAAGCAUCGUUAAUUUUAGUGUCGUGGUUACUUGGGGAACGGAGAGGGUAUUGUUUUCAUCCGCUUUGGUGUAUCGGGAAAGACAUUGUGGACUGGAUGGGGCGUGAGACCUGCCAACACAUCUGCCUUCCUGCCCCUCCUGCCCGCCCACUCCCCAAAAAGCAAACUGCUGUGCAUCUCUUAGAACGGAGGCCUCGAUCGUGCGACACAGAGAAAACAACCUCCCUCAUGGGGCUCUCUCGCCGGCCACGUCGGUUUGUGGCCAGGGCUUGCCACACAUCCGCCUUCUUGGACACCUGUUUGGAGCAGCAGGUGAAGAAGAGAGGGCACCAGAAUUCCCGGGAAGACCUGUGAGAUGGGUGCUUAAAUUUCUACAGACGCCUGCCCAAAGGACCUUCCGUGCACAUGAGCAACCCAUUCCAAAGGAAGACCUCUAGGCCCUGAAAUGGCCCAUGCUCUCGUGAAACACCAGGUCUAAAGGAGGGUGUUGCGUGAGGUCGCCCAUGAGCUUGUGACGGGGUCAUGCAGCUCUGUCAUUUGAAGUGUCCAGAUGAACAGAAAAUGAUGAAGUGAAGCUUUAUUCAGAAAACUGGAAUGAUGGUCUAAUCCUCAGUGAACUGGCAAGGGCGAGUUUGGACCUGGACCAUGUCCGAAUGCAAGUGCAGACCGGAGGGGGCUUCCGUAAUAGCAGGAUUAAGAAAGACCGUCCCUUGGAUAUGAAAGCUAGCAUGCCCAGGAGACGGUUAAGCAAAGACCCUUCGUGUCAAGGCAGCUGCUUCUGUGGUUAAUAUUAGAACAUUUCCUUAGAGGACCUUGUUAAAGAAGAGCGCUCGAUCCUCUGAGCCCCAGGUGACCCUCCGAGCCAGGCACAAGCUGAGUCCUCCUGAAAGGGAGUCGCGCCAAAAUCGCAUUAUUUAUUUUACCAGUCUUCGGGGUGUCUCCUCACUCCCUUCCAAAGCAAGAACAGCUCGCUUCUCCAGGGAGGUUCUGCUCUCCAGCCCCCAUGUUUGCAUGAGCAUCAUGGUUUACUCUUUACUGCAACUUUUAAAAAAGCCCCAUGAAGCUUUUUAGGUUCCGUGAAAGGUUGCUAGCCAAUGUUCGUCCACACACGCGCUCAGGAGAAAUGUUUAGCGGACUUGUGCAGGCAUUGGCGGGCGUGGGAGAUCGCGCUGUUUCCUAACCCUUCUGUCCCAAGUCUUUGCCUCGGCCGGUUUGCACAGCACUUCCCGGCAGGUCUGCGUUCUCCCGCCCUGCUCUCGCCAUCUGAUUCGGCCCUCCUCCAGGCACCAGCCAUCGCCCCCUUCGAUCGGCUGUCGUGCCGCAGCCACGCUGUUCCCACCAUGGUCUAAGCUUUGCAAAGCGGUGAGCUUAUUGGGGCCCUUGGUACAAACCUUGCGACCUGUGAAGUCACUUUAGCGGAAGCACCACUAAGGGCACGGGCAGGGGUGCGGCCUCCUAUAACACUUUGCUCCCAAGGCACUCUCCUUACAGCAUCAGGUUGGAGAAAACCAGCCCUUUCAAAACAGAAGUGGUUUUUCUUGAUUCAGGAUCUUUGCCUCGCUAUCCCCUUGCAAGCUCUCCCUUUCCCAGCUUCGGCUUCCUUUUCCUUUGAAAGGGGUUGAUUUUACUUUUGUUCGUUGGUUUCAGCAGGUAAGCAUGAUCUACUAAUGUCAUUUUAAUCUGUCAUGCUUUGUUACAUUGGUUGUAAUUAUUAUUUUUUAAAGGAAACAAAUUAAAUUAAUUCCUAAACCUAGUGGGAAUUUUAUUAAGUUAACUCUUAACCACAUCCACUUUGUAAAUUAUUGUAAAAAGAAAAAAACUAUUGACAAUGCACUGAAUUUAGAAAGACCAUGUAAAUACGUACUUUGUAAAUAAUAAUAAAAAGUAUUAAUGUAUUGGGAUAUGACCUGUAUAAAAAAGUCCAAGUAACUGUAUAUGGAGUGAACCUGUUUAUCUGUAACUAUAUUAUUCAGACAAAUUAAAUACUGUGGAUGCAA